AUGGAAUUCAUCCUCCCGCCAUCGCUUGAUGUCGCACUGGACAUGAGCAAUGCACUCAACUACACUAUAGGCGAGAAGAUUACGGUUUAUUGGACGGAGGCACCGGUCGGUACUGCAGUCUCUAUAAUACUGUGGCAAGCAGAUCCGAAGACCGGCGUAUCGAUUAAGAACAUAGAAUACAUCAUACAGAGUGUAGUAAACAGAACGAACCAAGAAUGGAUUAUCAGACCUGAGAUUAAUCUCAAAUUGUCCAACCUGUUCCAAUUGGCGCUCUACCAAGAGGGCGCAACAGAACCAGAAGACUUCAGCCGGUAUUUCUACCUUGAAGACAAAACCGAAUCGACAACAAAAUCGUCCCUGUCGCUUUUGCCUUCCAGCUCACUGGGCUCAGCGUCUACCGCGAGCUCCACAUCCUCCGCCACUGCGAACUCGAUACCUACUAGCACACCAACGACAACACCACCAUCCACACCCGCACCCGUACCGAUAUCCAGCGUAGCACCGCUUGAGAACAGCUUUCCCACAUCAGCCAAAAUCGGCAUCGGCGUCGGGAUACCUGUCGCACUCAUAAUCGGCCUCGUCGUUGGUUUCCUCCUAUUCCGUCGUCACAGAAAGAAAGACGUUACCCCGUCACCGAUGCCUGACACGCAGAUCGCUGAACAGUACAAGACCGGGCCUAAUCCUCAUCCAUUCAACAACAACUCUGGUCACUACGGCCCUCCUCUGAACGAAGCACCACCGGAGAGCUUAGUGGAGUUGGAUCCACAGCACGCACAUAAACCGCCGACCGAUGGGGCAGCGCCGGCGAGGUACGAGAUGUAA